AGGAGCAAGAACAUAGCCAAGAGGUUCAAUUAAUUCACUUGGCGGGAGAAAACCUGUCAAAUGAAUACUCAAAUGAGGAUUUGAUUGGAGAAAAGGGAGAGAAAUCUCAAGACUUUCCUUUGAUAAGGUUAGAUGUCAUAAAGGCAGCUACACAACAUUUUUCUGAAGAUAAUAAGCUCGGGGAAAGUGGAUUUGGUCCAGUUUACAAG